AUAGCGUAUCACAAAUAGAAUACAACCAAUGGCUAGUCGUCCGAGCACAUUCCGAUUUGCCGUCGUGGCCGUGCUGUCGACCCUGCCACUUGUUGCCAGCUCUGCCUCCGGCCACGAGAACCCCGAGCCCGUGGUCAGGGACUCGCCGCAGAACGGCACCAACAGGAGGUACCUGUGGGCGUCGUCGUCGGCGCGAGGCUACGGCGGCUGGUCCUCCGGCGGCGCGACGUGGUACGGGAGCCCUAACGGCGCCGGCAGCGACGGUGGCGCUUGUGGUUAUCACGGUGACGUCAGCCAGCGCCCAUUCAAGUCGAUGAUCGCGGCCGGCGGCCCUUCCCUCUUCAAGAACGGCAAAGGAUGCGGCGCAUGCUACCAAAUUAGGUGCACGGGCAACAGAGCCUGCUCCGGCCGGCCAGUGACCGUCACCGUCACCGACUCGUGCCCCGGCGGUGCCUGCCUCGCCGAGUCGGCGCACUUCGACAUGAGCGGCACGGCCUUCGGCGCCAUGGCCAACAACCGAGGCAUGGCCGACCGCCUCCGCUCCGCCGGAAUCCUCAAGAUCCAAUACAGGAGGGUGGCCUGCAACUACAACGGCAGGACCGUCAGCUUCAAGGUGGACGCGGGGUCUAACCCGUACUACCUCGCCGUUCUCAUCGAGUACGUGGCCGGCGACGGCGACAUCUCCGCGGCGGACAUCAUGCAAGCCGGCUGCGACUCGUGGGCGCCGAUGCAGCAGUCAUGGGGCGCCGUGUGGCGCGUCAACUCCAACAACGGCCAGCCACUCCGUGCGCCCUUCUCGGUCCGCGUCACCUCGGGCUCCGGCAAGGUCCUCGUCGUCAGGAACGCCAUCCCCGCCGGGUGGACCGCCGGGAGGACCUACCGGUCCACCGUGAACUACGGCUACUGAGGCAGUGCGUGCGUGCGUAUCUCUUCUUCGGUCUUGGGUUUUAUAAGUGCGUCCGGAAAACGCGAGAGGCCGAUCUGGAAGAGGAGGUUUAGGUAUAUUCGUACGCGUUCGAUGUAACGACGUCUUGGUGCCUCCCUCCACACAGACCGCAGUGUGUUUUCCUUGUGAUGUACUAAUGUUUUUAUAUUAGUAUCGGUUGCUCUAACCCGACAGUAAUAUCAAACAUCACUUCAUGUUAUUCUUCUAAACCGAUAAUGAUAUCUUUAUU